AUGGAGCGCGUGCUGCAGUUCUCGGCGCUGGUGUGGAAGAACAUGUACCUUCGGCGCCUCCGAGUGCGUCCCAUCGCCUUCCUCGUCGAGAUUCUCAUGGUCACCGUGCCGUUCAUCAAGAUCCAGAACGAGCGAGGGCCUCGGCGGCAACGACGCCGUCCGGUCAAGACGAUCACGGACGAGGUGGCCAUGGCGCAGCUGCUCUUCUCGAAGAACGUCACGCCUAACACGCUCGGUCUGUACUUCCACACCGAGUCUCUGGGUGACGACAUUCCCCACGACCUGACGUACACCAUCAUGUUCUCGAGCGGCGCCUACGAGAUCGCCAAGGCGCGCAAGGUGGUCCGGGAGAACGGACCCUCGCAACUGGAAGAGCCAAUGUCUCUCCGCGUGGCUGCCGUUCAGUCGGCAGUCGACUUGGCGCACAUCCACGAGCUCGAGCACCGUCGGUACACCAACCACACCCACGAAGACGUCACGGUCAAGCUGCGCCAGUUCCCGUACCCGACUUACCACGAGGACACAGACAACACCAUGUUCCUCAUAGCGCUACGCUUGGGAGUCGCCUACGCCUGGCCCUUCUGCCUUGUCAUCACACGCGCCAUCGAGGAGCGACAGAGCGGCAUGCAGCUGUUCACCAAACUGAUGGGCGUCCCACGCACCUGGUUUUGGCUGGUGCACUACAUGUGCGGCAUGGUGACGUGGACGCUGAGCAGCGUGCUGGUGCUGGCCAUGAUGAGUCAGCUGAACGGUCCCCACGGACUGGCCUUCAUCUUCCGCACCAACCCCAUGAUCGUCUUUUCGGCCAUGCUCAUCUUCAACUCGGGAUACGUCCUCAUGGGCCUCUUUGCGUCACUCUUUUUUGACACACCGAGCCUCGGCCUGGCGUGUGGCCUCAUCCUGUGGACCGUGUCUCUGUUGGGCCCCUUCCUGUCACUCGAGUGGACUGCACGCACAGUGUCCGCCUACAUCUCAACCAAGAGCAGUUCCAAGGUAGCCGCCUCCCUGAUUCCCAUACACGGCUUGUACUUCUUCCUGCGCAUCGUCGAGUUCUACGAGUCUUACGACGUGCCGUUUGGCUGGCCCGCCAUCUACCGGAAAGCUCUUGGUAGGGACAACGUGACCCCUUUCACCCUCAUGCUCUGUAUGGGUGCGAGCUCUUUCGUGUUCACUGUCGCCAUCUGGUAUCUGGAGGCCGUACUACCGUGGACCAACGUGGUGCCACUGCCACUGCACUUUCCAUUCAUGGCGAGCUACUGGAACGUGAUUGAGGAGGAGAUCAAAGCGGGGGGUAGCCAGGAGAGCAGCCACUCGCAGGAUGAAGGCCACGAGAACUUUGAGGAGGAGCCACGCCACCUCUUGCUCGUGCUGGAAACCAUCGACCUAUGCAAGAUAUACCGCAAAAAGUUCGCCGUGGAUCAUCUCAACAUGCGGCUUUACUACGGACAAAUCUUCGUACUCUUGGGCCACAACGGUGCGGGCAAGACUACCAUUUCCAACAUGCUCUCCGGUUUUUUGCGACCAACGUACGGCACGGCUAUCAUCGAAGGAUUCGACCUGAUCAAGUACCACGAUGACUCACUCGAAAAUGUGCGCGUUUGUCCGCAAAAUGACAUGCUGUACGAGGAUAUGACCCUCUACGAACAUCUUUACUUCUUCGCUCUCGUUCAACGCGUUGCCCCAGACGCCAUAGCAGAACAAGUGGAGUUGCUGGUGAGGUCUCUUCACUUCGCGUCACACCUGAACAGUUUCCCGCGGAAGAUGCCUAAGACCGUAAGGAGAAAGCUCUGUCUAGCCAUUGCAAUCAUCGCCGAUCCCAAAGUGCUCAUUCUGGACGAGCCGACCUCUGGCCUGGACCCCCAGAGUCGCAACGAGGUUUGGGACUUGCUGCAAAAGAUGCGGCGAACGUGCACAAUGCUCCUGACCACGCAAGACAUGGAGGAGGCGGACGUAGUCGGUGACCGAAUCGCCAUCCUUGCGGAAGGAACGAUACGCUGCUGCGGAUCGUCGCAGUUCCUCAAGCAUCGAUUUGGUACGGGCUAUCAACUGGACAUCUCGAAGCGACUGAAACGAUGCGACGUGCAGGCCAUCAUAAUGGUAGUGAAGACGUUCGUGCCAACCGUCCAGCUGGUGAACGAAAGUGCUGGAGUGCUGCGCUUGUCCCUGGGGGUGACCUCGUCCGAAGGAUUCGUGGAUAUGUUCAAAGUGCUCGAGCGCUUUCGCGACAAACUCGGCAUAGCGGAAAUGACUGUCUCCGUCACCACAAUGGAAGACGUGUACCUCAGAAUCUCCGACGAGAUGAUGGAUGAUCAGUCGGAGUCCGGGACACCAGGAGCGGCGAAGGUCCCUGUGGAUCUGAAGGCACUUCGCGUCAAUUGCGAAGGCUGCGUGUGGAGGAAGUCCUUACUGUGGUCGUUGGUGGCGCUGCUGCACAAACGCUUCCAGUUCACCCGCCACCAGUGGGUGCUGCCUGUGCUUGGGAUCUUCGCGCCGGCGUUGUUGCUCAUGCUGCAGGGAUACCGGGAUCAAAAGUCGGCGAAGGCGACACCUAACCUGAAGGACGUGUACCCUUACGACUUGAAGGUGUUGUACAACUUCACCAUCUCGUCCAUACUGUCUUCUGACGAUGACUCUGUGGUGGUUUCGCAGUACUACCGCCAACUCCUCGAACAAAAAGGCGUUUCAGUGACGCGCGUUCGUGACGUCACGGACUACCUGCUGGAAACUGGCAGUCGCAGCAUGACGGAGUACUUGCAAUGCGUGGUGGGCUCCAGCUUCCUGCUCGUCGGCCAUAAGAAAUCCUUCCGCCAAGAUGGAUCCGAGGAAGUUGUCCAGCUGGGUGUCUCCAAAGACUACAAAGGGAGACUCGCUAUUGCGUGGUACAGUGGCGAGAUCUACCACAGCGCAAUAAUCUCCCUGAACCUGGUUCACACAUCGCUACUGCGCUGGACCGUCGGCGACGACACGGCGUCCAUAAAGCUGCGCGUGCGGCCGCAGAAGUACCUGGAAGAGACGGUCUCCUAUGACCCCGAGUCACCCGAGGUCAUCCAGCGGCAGCUGGAGCGCUUCACGCUGGGAGCCAUGUCUCUGGCCUCCAUGACUGCGGCGUGCGGCAUGUUUCCCGUCGUGGACCGUGUGAGCGGCUUCCGCCGGCUACAGCUGCUCACGGGCCUUCCUCUGAGCCUGUAUUGGCUGGCCAACUUCAUAUUCGACUACGUCGUGUACUCCUUCUCCGCGGUCGGCAUCUGCACUGCCAUGAUCGUAUUCUAUGGCGCUUUCUUCCAGGAAAUGAUGCAGCCCGUUGUGCUUGUCAUGGCCUGCUACGGCAUAUGCGCUCUACCACUGGCAUACCUGCUUUCCCUUCGGACGAACAGUCCAUCUGCUAGCUACGCUCUUGUCCUGUUGCUGAGCUUCUUCGGCGCAUUCAUGCAGAGCGGCACGAUUGCCGCUGAGUUGCUCAAGACGGCGGUCGGCAUCAGAUACGUGCUGCUGAACAUGCUGCCCGUCUUGCGCCUUCUGCCUUCGUUCGCCUUCAUGUCCGCCUUCCGGAAGACCGUCUCCAAGAGCCAAGUCGCCUGGAUCUGCAGUCGAUCGACGAUCGACUCGUAUCGGCGCGUGUGCGUGGAGCCCGCGGGGGGCUUCAGCGUGGCGGCCGAAGAGGAACGGCGCAAGAGCGGCGAGUUCGUCGAGCACUGCUGCGCGGACUUCCUCGCGUCCGGAGCUGCGCAGGUGCCCGACUUCCGGCCGACCAUGUCCGACAUUGACGAGGUGUUCGUCAUGAUGCUCGAGGGUGUCGUGUUCUUCGCGCUCCUGCUCUACUUCGACGGCGGCGAGUGGCCUGGCGUUGAAGCAAUAGUUAGGUCUCGCAAAAAGCAAAGCCGAGUGGUGCCGCUUCACGAGACAAUGGAUGAUGACGUAGAGGCCGAGGAAGCACGCGUACGCAAUGAAGUGCUCUCGCACACCAUGGGCACGGACAUGCUCUCCGUUCUGGAGUUUUGCAAGAGGUACGGCAACCGACUGGUUGUCAACGGCGUCUCCUUCAGCGUUGCGCGGGGCGAGGUUCUGUCCGUGCUUGGCGUCGCCGGCUCAGGGAAGACCACUCUGCUGCGCAUGAUCGCCACGGACGUACCCGCUGACCGAGGGCGCGCGUUUAUGAAAACGCCGUACGGAACGAUCAACAUGCGCGGCGCGCUGUCCACAUGGCAAGCCGCACUGGGCUACUGUCCACAGUCCGACGGGCUUCUCGAACAGCUGACGGGCCACGAGACGCUCUCGCUGUUCGCCAGGCUUCGGGGCGUGCCGGAGACCAAUGUGGCCGCUGUGGUGCGGGACAUCGCGCAGAUCUUGGAGCUGAGCGCUGUGAUCUGGGAACCCGUGCUGACCUACAGCGGUGGCCUGCGACGUCGCCUCUCGGUUGGCGUGGCGCUGGUCGGCCUGCCGCCCCUGGUGGUCCUCGACGAUCCGACGCUCGGCGUGGAUGUCGCGGCCCGCAGAGCUGUGUGGGAGGCCAUACGCAGACUACAGAAUGAGGUCGACUUGACGGUAAUCAUGUCUACAGGAAGCAUGGAAGAAGUGGAGGGCGUGUGCGAUCGCCUGGCCAUCAUGAUCGACGGCGAGUUCAAGUGCCUGGGCACGAUGGCGCACCUGAAGGCCAAGUUCGCGCAGGGCUACACGGUGACGGUGAAGACGCACGACGAGUACAAGGAGGACCUUGAGUACCGAAACAAGCUGAUGCGGGCUAUUUCGGACACUUUCUGCAACAGCAAGCUGCAGCAACAGUUCGAGGGAUUUUUGGAGUACCACAUGCCAGACAUGGGCCUGGCCUGGAGCGAACUCUUUGCUCAGGCCGAGGCGAUCAAGACGAAAUUGAACCUGCUCGAGUUUAUCAUCAGCGACACCACGCUGGACCACGUUUACGCGGCGCUCGCUCGAUGGGAGCGAGGUCGGGCCCGUCGGGCGAUCGGAGAGACGACCGGCGAAGAGGAAGAUGGUGGGCGAAGCCCCGCUACAGAAAAAUAA